AUGGCCCUUGGCGAAGCGAUCCAGAUGAGCAGUGGCAUCCACAUGCAUGCUAUGCCCAAGCUCUCACAACUGAUGCUGAGCUUUCUAAGAUACCCUUCAGCCUCCAAAUUGCUGAUCAGAACGUCAGCUUCAUCAAUCGCAACACUCCUUUUGGUAAACUCCUUUAAAAUUGCCAUGCUUCAGCUGUGGUGGUUCCUUUGCUUUCUCCAUGGUGGUUUGUCAUGGCUCUAUUCGGGGGCAACCCUGCAUGAUAUCCUUUCUGCUACCGGUAGUCUACUCUGUAGCUUGAGUGACACAGUCACUACAGUACCGUAG